GGCCACCAAAGCCAAGCAUUGGACAACGCACCUCACACGACAUCACUCGUACGCCCCAAACACGCUCGCAAACAGUUACACAAACGUUUCUUUUUGGGGCUUGCAUACACGCUUGAUUUUGAAUAUCGCGCCGCUACCUCCUAUCUCACAUACCUUACUCCGCAGCCCGUAUCCCGUUCCAAUACUAGCGACCUCUAGCUCCAGCGUCUGCGAGAUAUACACCUUCGAACACAUAGGCAUAGUAAUCGGCGCCGCAGAGGACAACAGCCAUGCCUCGGGCGCGCGCCACCAGCAGCGCUUCGACGGCAUCGACGGCCGCGGCGGCAGCGACGAAUCAAGAGCUGGGGAGCAUGUAUGAUUACCUGGCGAAAGUGAUAUUGCUGGGACCGAGUGGAGCUGGGAAAUCCUGCCUCCUCCACCGCUUCCUCCACUCGACCUUCCGAACCCUAACCUCGCAAACCAUCGGCGUAGAAUUCGCCUCCAAAAUCAUCUCCAUCGGUCCCCACCCCUCCUCCUCCCCCUCUUCCUCCUACCCCCGACCCCACCACCACCACGACCGCCGCCGCAAACGCAUAAAACUGCAACUCUGGGACACGGCAGGCACCGAGCGCUUCCGCUCCGUCUCACGAAGCUACUACCGCGGGGCCGCGGGCGCCAUCCUCGUCUACGACGUCAGCAGCUGGCGCAGCUUCGCCGACCUCCGGACCUUCCUGGACGAUGCGCGCGCCCUGGCGAGUAGACAGCUGUGCGUCGUGCUGGCGGGGAACAAGUGCGAUGUCGAUGAUCCGCAGCAGCAGUCGAUAAUAUCACCGCACCACCAAGCGCAGGUGCUGGAGAACCCCGCCGUGUACGGUUACGGGAAUAGUUAUACUACGUCUUCGUCUUCGUUCACGGGCGGCGGCCCCGCACCCCCGACGCCGUCGUCGCAAUCGUCUUCGCACUCGACGAUUACCUCGUUCCCCCUGUCGACCCCUUAUACGCUCGCGCCCGAGGGCCGAGAGGUCCCGUCGGAAGUGGCCACGCGCUGGGCCGGCGAACACGGCAUUCCCGUCGCCGUCGAGGUCUCGGCGCUAACGGGCGAAGGGGUCGAGGAACUGUUCGCGAAGCUGGCGAGGAUGAUCCUCACCAAGAUUGAGCUGGGCGAGAUUGACCCUGAUGACCCGACGAGUGGGAUUCAGUAUGGGGAUAUUGGCGGGUGGGGUGGGUUUGGGGGGAUGGAUGAGGGCGGGAGCGUGAAGAGUGGGAGGGUG